AUGGCCCCCUUUUUGCCACACCUCUACUGUCGAGCCGUAUUGCAUAUGGUAGUCUGCCAUGCGUCGUAGAAUAUCAACGAUACCAGUCAUUUUCCUUUUUUUGGCUGUAGAAGUGCAUUUAUUUGUUAACUUUUGUUCAUUAAUAUCGUAGCAGACGAAAUAGUAUCUUCUUAACCUUUUUGCUGUUGUGGCUGAUCUGAUUCUGCCAAAAUGCUGCAGAGUAUCUCCCCAUCGCACGAUUGGUUCUGCGAAUCGGAACCGUUGCUCUUUGAUGAGGAAUUCUGCCAGAGUUUCAUGCAGUCCAUACCCACGCCGCCACAGUCGCCGCCACUCAAGACGGAUAUAAGUAAAGCUUUGUCAAAGGUGGAUCAGCUGGAGCUCGUGUCAGAACUUUUGCUUGAAGAUCAGGACUUUCUCAAGUUGAAUUGGAACUGUGAUUUUAUGCACGAGAGUACUAUUAACAAAGAUCAUCAGACAGAUGUGACGGAUGACUGUUUGUGGCAUAUUGGAGAGAAAGCGCUGGACAAAUUAUCUGUGCUCUCAACCAGCCCGCUACUCUCAGACAUUGAUACCUCCAUUUUCGAAGAGAUUGCUGGUUCUACGCUGGUAUGCCACGACGCGGCGCUGGAGAAUAAGUCUUCGGAAGAAGACGACUUUCUAUUAGACAGCCAGGAACAGAACGAGUCGUCCUCGGAUUAUGGCUCUCUUUCUGCCGGAGGUGAAUCAUCAACAAGCGAUUCCGAGGAGGAGAUUGAUGUGGUGACUGUGAGGAGGUCCAGCACACGCUCUCAGCACCGCGAGCAGCAGGAGGAGAGCCGGCGAGAGCAGCUGCGAGCCCUGAAGCGUUGCUACUUGGAGAUCCAGCAGCAGCACAAUUACGCCGCCCCUCGCCCCUCCUCCCCCAUCCGGACUGAGCAACAACACUUGUCUGCCCAUAAGCGUGUCCGCACGUCGGACUCCUCCCAACGCCUGAGCCUCUCGGGCCGUUCGCGGGGAAUUGCCUCUAGGCACAGCCCUGACCUGGAGGACGAGGACGAGAGGCGGCGGACGCACAACGUGAUGGAGAGGCAGCGGCGGAAUGAGUUGAAGAACUGCUUCCUACGUCUGCGAGACCACGUGCCCGAACUGUCCAAUAACGACAAGGCGUCCAAAGUGGUCAUUUUGAAACGAGCCAGAGAUGGUAUCAGGAGCCUGGAGGUGGAGAAUCAGAAGCUGACCUCCAAGAAGGACAAACUUAGAGACAGACAUGAAUGGCUCAAAACCAGGCUGGAGCAGUUAAGGAGGAUCUGAUACUUGCUGUGGUCACUUCUUUUGGACAUGUCAUGGACCAGUUUGAAAAGUUUUGUCUGAUGCAACGCACAAGCAAAGUAUCCAUGACGACUGUUCAAUAACUAAAUAUGACUUUAAGAGACAUUGAAUUUGUUCAGUGUAUACAGUGUAGGUUCAUGUUGGGCACAGGAAAUGUUCUCAUUUAUUUUGCCUUUGCCAAAUUGUUUCUCUGUAAAGUCUUGUUUUUUUAUAUAAAUACUGUGUUAAACUAAUCAAUUGCCAGUUUAACAGUGAUUCCUUCAAGUGCUUGAAGUAUGGUGACCAGAGUCUUUCAUAUUCCCCUAAUCAUUGUUAACUUUUUAAGAUUUUUAUUUCCUUUGGGCUGGCUCCAAUGCUUCUAUGAUCAUGAUUAAGGGGGUUAAUGUAAUCACCAAUUCAGUAACUUGAUAGACAUGACCUGGUAUACGUUAUAACUGAUAUUGAUUAGCGACUACAGUAUGGAAAGUCUCCAUUUGGCAUUGACGAUGGUUUAUCUACCUCCACUAGGAAAGGCCUGGGAUGCCAUUGUGGCAACUGUAAAUAAUUUAGGUUUUUGUAAAUUGUAAAUUAUUUAGUUCAUUUUCUUUGUUCAUUCAAAGGAAGAGUUCUGUUUUUUUUACAGCACUUUGUUUUAUAGAAAAAUAAAGAAUGAACAAGCG